GGUCUUUGCAGAUAGAUUUUAUCUGAAGUUAAAUAGCAGGCGCUCGCCGCUUACUCGCCAAUAAGUCAUUUUUAAUAGAGACAAAUCGCUCUGGACGCCCCGGAGCUCCGGUGCCGCCGUUCCUGCCCGCGCCCCCCGCCGAAGGCGAGCGGGCAGCCCGGGCAGCUCCCUCCUCUCGCUGGUGAGAGCUCUGCUUGUUCUGUAAAGUGGAUGUCAGGUGGAUCUAUGUUCUGGAAGGAACAAAGAGGCAGCGAAAGCAGCGCGGGGGAAGUUUGAGCGGCGAGGAUGCAGGCUGUGUACUGGUACGCGGUCCUUCUGCUGCAGCCCACUCUCUACCUGGUUACCUGUGCGAAUUUAACAAAUGGAGGAAAAACAGAACUUCUAAAAUCAGGAAGCUCCAAAUCCACACUAAAGCACAUAUGGACGGAAAGUAGCAAAGACUUGUCCAUCAGCCGACUGCUGUCACAGACUUUUCGUGGAAAGGAAAAUGAUACAGAUUUGGACCUGCGAUAUGAUGCCCCAGAAACUUAUUCUGAGCAAGAUCUCUGGGACUGGCUGAGGAACUCCACAGAUCUGCAAGAGCCUCGGCCCAGAGCAAAGAGACGGCCCAUCGUCAAGACUGGGAAAUUUAAGAAAAUGUUUGGCUGGGGAGAUUUUCAUUCCAACAUCAAGACUGUGAAGCUAAAUCUGUUAAUAACAGGGAAAAUCGUUGACCAUGGCAAUGGGACGUUUAGUGUUUACUUCAGGCAUAACUCCACUGGUCAAGGGAAUGUAUCUGUGAGCCUAGUGCCCCCUACAAAAAUAGUGGAAUUUGACUUGGCACAACAGACAGUGAUUGAUGCCAAAGAUUCCAAGUCCUUUAACUGUCGAAUCGAGUAUGAAAAGGUUGACAAGGCUACCAAGAAUACACUCUGCAACUAUGACCCUUCAAAAACCUGUUAUCAGGAGCAGACCCAGAGCCACGUGUCAUGGCUCUGCUCCAAGCCCUUUAAAGUAAUCUGUAUUUACAUUUCAUUUUAUAGUACAGAUUAUAAACUAGUACAGAAGGUGUGUCCUGAUUACAACUACCACAGUGACACGCCCUACUUCCCCUCAGGGUGAGGACCAACUUGUGUCUGAGACUGAAGCCUGGGGAAUAAAAGAGUUCGAAUGACAGGGCUGUAACCUCAAGGAGGAAAGCCACACUUAUUGCCUGGAAUGUGUCUACCUGCUGCUGCUGAUGUCAAAUGGCUGCAAAUAUGUAGUGGAAAACAAUCUAAUGUUAUUUUUGUCCAGUCAGCUCCAUGUAUCAAUCUAGGUGUCAAUCACUAUGGAUUUGAAAUAAACCCAUGCACAUGCACAGAGAUACACACACACACAUACCUUUCAGCGCACAUUAUUGAGAUUCCUGUUAAAAAAAUCUUUCAUUGUCUGAUAUCUAAGGAUUCAGCAUAACCUAUCAUCAAGCAAAAUGGAUUAACUAGACAGUACAAGGUUUCUAACGCAGACUGUUAUGGAAAUCUCCGUGAAAGUCCUUUGAGCACAUGCCAAUCAAUAAUCCCCACUCAUGCAUUCUACUGCUUGGAGUAGCUGUACUGGUAAAUAAUACUGUAGGAAUAAAUACUUGUUAAAAUGGGAAAAAAAGUGUGUUUAGAGUUCAGUAUUCUGUAUUAUAUGAACACAGCAAAGUGUCAUGACUUUUCCCAGCACACAGUAGGCACAUUCAAGGUGGUGUUGGUGGCUCUUUUUCCAUGGAGCAAGCCUGUUUCUAGUAAAGAUGGGCAAACAUUUGGAAUUUACAUGUGAGCAGACAUUCUGGUUUAAUGUUUCUCUGACUCUUUAAGCUCUGAUUCUUAAAACUUGUUUGAGUUUAGGCCAGCUAAACUACUUAGAAACUGGAAUUGAUCUCUAAGAAGGAAAAUGCCUGGCGGAGAACAUGUAAGUUAUAAGUGGCUGUCUUAUCUUUAUUACAAAAUAUUGUAACAAAUUCAAUAUCCUAGUCUUCAUUUGUAUGAAUGGUUUGUAUUGUACAUAAUUUAACCAGUGUUAUUUGAGCUGCUUAUUAAUAUUAACUUGUAAUUGUCUCUCUGCUUGUUAUUGGUUAAAACAAUCAAGGAAAUGAGGAAUCCAUUUUAUCAAUGUAGCUGUAAACUCCAUUAAAAGACAGAACUAUGUACAAAGCAUUUACUCAGCUAAAGUAUUGUUGAAAGCUAUACAUAUACAACAUUACAGUCUGUCUGUAUUUAGAUAUUUUAUUUCCAGAGGAAAAAAAUGGACUGUACAUAAAAAUAAAAAAUCUUAAAGUUGAGUUUCAA